UAAAAAUCCCCGGGGCAGCCUCGGGGCCACGUCCAUCGCUGCGGGCAGCCCCUCUGCUCACACCAUGGUGGACUGGACAGCCGAGGAGAAGCAGCUCAUCACCGGCCUCUGGGCCAAGGUCAACGUGGCCGAGUGCGGCGCCGAGGCCCUGGCCAGGCUGCUGAUCGUCUACCCCUGGACCCAGAGGUUCUUCUCGAACUUCGGGAACCUGUCCUGCCCCACGGCCAUCAGCGGCAACCCCAUGGUCCGUGCCCACGGCAAGAAGGUGCUCACCUCCUUCGGGGAGGCCAUCAAGAACCUGGACAGCAUCAAGAAAUGCUUUGCUCAGCUGAGCAAACUCCACUGCGACAAGCUGCACGUGGACCCCGAGAACUUCAGGCUCCUGGGUGACAUCCUCAUCAUCGUCCUGGCUGCCAACUACGGCAAGGACUUCUCCCCCGCCUGCCAGGCCGCCUGGCAGAAGGUGGUCCGUGUGGUGGCCCACGCGCUGGCCCACGAGUACCACUGAGCUCCUGGGAGCCCUCCUGCCUGGGGAGUCCUCCUCGGGUUCUGCUGGCCUCUGACCUCCGAAUAAACACCAGCUGCUCCAGCCACC